AUGCCUUUUUUGGGGUCAGAUGCAUGUGGAAUAUGUUCUGUAGGUAUUUUGUUGUGUUUUUCGUGUCUAAUGUCUACUUUUGAUUACCUUAUUGUAUAACGUGAUAUUGUUAGUCAUCAAUUAUCAUUGUUAAGUCCUAAAAGUCAUUAAAUUCUUGCAUUCGUAAUGGCCUCAAUUAACCCUCUGCUGCUCUCUGACCUCUUCUAAAUUAUUCAUGGACAGUCUUUUCCCUGAGGGCAGAGUCCUGUCCCCAUUCCCUGAGGGCCGGUUCCUACCGAGAUUGUGUGCUUUUAUGGGUCCGAUGCCUUUCCUCGGGCCCUUUAUUCUCGAAAAUCGAUUUCUUUUUCUUUCCUUGUUAUUCUUUCCUCUUCUUCCUCGUUUCGAACGCCGCACAACUUUUAACUUUACUCAUUUCUUUUUGGGAAACGUAAUUGGAACAGAUGGUUUUCCGGUGUUAAUGUUGUUUUUGCAAUUUUUUUCCGCUCCUAUCAGAUAUUUUAUGCAAAUAGUGGUAUUUAUGAGCAAUUACAAUGUUAUUUUAUAAAACGUAACAAAAGGUUUUGUGAUUUUGGACCGCUCUUUAUAUUUUUUUAUAUUAAAUUUACCUUUUUGGAUACGUUAAUAUUGACUCGAUGAAGUGGGGAGCUUUUUUAGCGGAUUACAAAAUUGUCAUUUGUUAGUAUCCGUAAUGUUCGCCUAAAUAAAGUCCGCGUGUUAAUAAGAUUGGCCUAUUAUUUACUAUAACAUCCGAUUCCAGUCAUUCAAGAUGGCGUCGUUUAUAAUGAAGCAGAUGAUCGGGAACAAGUUCGAGGAGGUCAGCGGAGGACUCAGCAAGAUGGGCGGCGACGACGGCGAGGCCAAGACUGAGACCGGCGAGGAUCCAGAGGUAGUGGCUGCUCGGUUGGAACAGGAGGAACGACGCAAGGAGAAGCAUCGCAAAAUGGAAGCGGAAAGAGAAAAGAUGCGCGGCGACAUCAGAAGCAAAUAUAACAUCCAGAAGAAGGAAGAGGGCAUGCAAUUGGACAUGGGCGCCGAUGGACGAAUCGGGUCGGCCAUCAAGAAGACUCCCGAACAAUUAGCGGCCGAAAUGAAUGCCCAAGACGACUCUCUGAUCGGCCAGUUGGGUCUCACCGAACAUGUGGAGAAGGCCAAGACUGCCGUAAAUGGGGCCUUGGACACCGUCAAAGGGUUCCUACCCUUUGGCAAGUAA